GCCCUGACUCGAACCCACCCUGCCUGCUGCCUCCAAGAGUCCAGCAUGAAGCUUCAUCUCCUCAUCGCCUUCCUGGGAUGCCUCGCGUUGGCGCAGGCUGUUUGGGUGAAGGAUCGGAAGGUUCGAUGGUGUUUAAAGUCCGAGCAGGAGCUGGAGAAAUGUACAAAACUGAACGUACUGACGUGUGUAAAACGCGAGAAAACGAUGGAAUGCAUCAAAGCUGUCAAGGCGGAUGAAGCUGACGCCAUCACUCUGGAUGGAGGAGACAUUUACAAAGCCGGCCUGAUGCCUCACGAACUUCACCCCAUCAUCGCUGAACAUUAUGGCGAGGAUGAGGAGACCUGCUACUACGCUGUUGCUGUAGUGAAGAAAGGAAGCGGCUUCAAUCUGAACCAACUCCACGGGAAGAAAUCGUGCCACACAGGUUUGGGUAAAACCGCAGGGUGGAACAUUCCUAUCGGUACCCUGCUCGCCAACGACCAGAUACAAUGGAAAGGCAUCGAGGACAAGCCUGUCGAGGAGGCGGUGAAGGAGUUCUUCUCAGCCAGCUGCGUUCCUGGAGCCCCCAAAGACCUGUGCAAACUGUGCGCCGGCGACUGCUCACGAUCCCACAGAGAGCCUUACUACGAUUACAACGGAGCAUUCCAGUGCCUGAAGGAUAAAGGAGACGUCGCUUUUGUGAAGCAUCUUACUGUCCUCUUGUCUCCUGAUAAGGCGAAGUACGAGCUGCUGUGUAAGGACGGCACCAGGAAGAGCCCUGAUGAGUAUAAAACCUGCAACCUGGCUCGGGUCCCUGCUCACGCCGUGGUCAGCCGCAAAGACGAAGUACUGGCCAAACACAUCUACGAUGUCCUCCUCCCGCUCAAGGAUAAGGGUCUCUUCACAUCUGGGGGCGAAGCCAAAAACCUGAUGUUCAAAGACUCCACCAAAGACCUGAUGAAGCUUCCCGAGAGCACCGACUCGUUCCUGUACCUGGGAGCCGAGUACAUGGCCACCAUCCGCUCCCUCACUAAAGAUAGCAGCAGAGACGGCCAGUCUCAGGCCAUCCACUGGUGUGCAGUGGGUCGCGCCGAAGAGAAGAAAUGUGACGAGUGGGUGAUCGCCAGCACCGACGAGCAGGGCAACGCCAUGAUCGAAUGCCAGAAGGCCGACACGGUGGACGACUGCAUCAGGAAGAUCAUGCGGAACGAAGCCGACGCCAUGACCAUCGACGGAGGACAGGUGUACUCCGCCGGGAAGUGCGGCCUGGUGCCUGCCAUGGUGGAGCAGUACGAUAAACUGAAGUGUGAUGCGGCUGAUUCAGACGCCUCGUCGUAUUUCGCGGUCGCCGUGGUGCGCAAGAACUCCGGCCUGACCUGGGAGACUCUGAAGGGCAAGAAGGCGUGUCACACCGGUGUGGGACGCACCGCGGGCUGGAACAUCCCCAUGGGUCUCCUGCACAAUGAUCCCAGCAAUUGUGACUUCUCUACGUACUUCAGCGAGAGCUGCGCCCCUGGUGCUGAACCUAAUUCCACCAUGUGUAAACUGUGUAUCGGAGGCGAGGGGGUCCAGGGAACACAGUACAUAUGCAAAGCCAACACCAACGAGCGUUAUUACGGCUACGAUGGAGCCUUCAGAUGUUUGGCUGAGAAAGGCGAUGUGGCCUUUGUUAAACACAGCACUGUUUUGGAAAAUACUGACGGUAAGGGAGCAGGCUGGGCUUCCAAGCUAAAAUCCUCCGAGUUCCAGCUCGUCUGUCCGGGUAAAACCGAUGAGGUUCAGAAUUACGAGGCGUGUAAUUUAGCUAAAGUUCCGGCUCACGCCGUCGUCACUCGUCCGGAGAGUCGCAGCAGCGUGGUGUCCUUACUCAAAGAUCAGCAGGCCAAGUUCGGCAGUUCCAGCCCUGACGGCGCCUUUAAAAUGUUCAGCUCCGAGGGCGGCCGUCACCUACUAUUUAAGGACUCGACUCAGUGUCUCAGAGAGGUUUCAGCAGCACAAACCUACACAGAGUUCCUGGGUAAAGACUACAUGAGCGUUAUGGACAAUCUGCGCCAGUGUGCCCAGGGCCAGUCAGAACUGGAGCAGGCCUGUUCCAUCCACUCCUGCCAAAAAAAAAGACAGUGAGGGACCAACAUUACCUUUGAUCAACUCAAACGCACCGAAACAUCCUAGGAAAGCCGACUGUUUAUUCUUUAACAUGUUCUUCAUUCACCUGCUGCUGAUGCUUUUCAGAGUUUAACUUUCUUACUGCUGUUACGCUUUACCACAAAACUGUGUGAAAUAAACCCGUACAAAUCUA